AUGACGCCACCCAAGAACAUUGACGACUUUAUGCGAUUCGGGCGGCACUCGCUGUUAGUGGCCAUCAUGCUGGAGAUUGUCAUGAUCUCCGACUGCGGGAAUUUGCUGUACAUGAUUUUUGGAGGGGCCGUGCCGACCAUCGAGGGCUGCGAGGAGUUUCCGGCAAACGUGACGGCCGGCUGGAGCCAAGAGAAAUUUUGUCAUGCUUAUCAUAGCCGGAACGAGUUCGCCAACACCACCUGCUCCCCCAUCAUCAAGCCCGAAUUUUUCUCGGUCAAUGUCGAGUUCGAACUCCUCUGCGACGACACGGCGCACGUGAAGCAGAGCACGUCAAUUCAGAUGAUCGGCUACCUCGUCGGCUCGAUGUUCUGGGGCCAAAUCUCGGAUUUAUACGGCCGAAAGAAGCCAAUGGUGGCCACCCUGAUCCUGAACGGCAUCAUCGGCUGCGUCUCGGCCUUUAUCCCCAACCUGAUGUCGUUCACGAUUCUGCGCGUCUUCGUCAGCCUCUUCUUCACCGGGCAUUUGGUCAUCGCGAUGGUCUACUUCUGCGAAAUCUUCCCCACCAAGCACCGUCUCUGGCUGGCCUUCGUCCUCAACUGGUCUCCCAAUUUCAUCGUUGUUGCGGUGAUCGCCUGGUUGUGCGGUGAUUGGCGCGUCUUCUCCGUUGCAGUUAACGUCAUCUGCUUUGCGGCGGCUGGGUUGAUGUGUUUCUGCAUCGAAUCCCCGCAUUUCCUGAUUCGAAGCGGAAAAGUGGAUGAAGCCAUUUCGGCGCUACGGUAUAUGUAUGCUGUCGACGGCGCCGAACUAGACGAGAAGGAGCUCGAGGCAAUGAUCUCACACGAGCAGAAAAAACUGGAGUUAAUCCCGAAGGAACGCUUCUCGUUCCCGCACCUCUUCUGCACCUGGAAACUGUGCGGCUACACGGCGGCCGUGUUUUUGAGCUAUUUCUCCACCUCCAUCGUCAGCUACGCCCUCCUCUUCAACAUGGAAGACAUUGGGGGAUCGAUUUACAUGAACACGAUCGCGAUGGGCGUCUUCCGGCUGGUGAUCAACCUCUGUUCGGCGGCCGCCGAUUUGAAGUUGCCCUGGCUGGGGCGGAAGAAAGCUCACAAAUUCUUCUGCUUCUACAGCAUUGCGACCCUGCUGAUCGCGUUGGUUGCAGAUCGGAUAGGCGUUGAAGACGCGUGGGCGGUCGUCAUCCGCUACAUGCUCCUAUCUACCGCCUCAAUGGUCUGCCAAAUGUUCGCCAUCGUCAGCGUCGUCUGCAACGAGGUGUUCCCCACCCCGGUCCGAAACCUUGCCUACGCCAUGUCGCAAGUCAGCGAGAGCGCCGGAGCUGCACUUGGACCCCAGCUUUUUGGAUUGCGAGCCUUCGGAACCUGGGUGCCCCUGGCGGUGAUGUUGGCCUGCGUGAUCGGCGACUUGACGACGUUCCACUUUUGCAUCCCGGAGACGAAAGACCUGCCGCUGGCGGACCACAUGCCGGAAGGGGAGAAUCGGAUGGGACCGUUUAGAAAAACAAGCAAGAUCAUCAACUCGGCGACAACUUCCGGCUACUCGUCCCCCAACCACAAACUGAGCAUCCACUCGACGUCAUCGAUUGCUGCU